AUUAUUUGGAUCUUUUCUAUUUUUCUUUAUGGAGAUCUUAGAUGGAAACCAAAGACCUAGUAGAUAUAAAAUCUACAAAGAAAUUCCCAUUGACAUUGAGGUUGAUAGUUGUAGCUAUCGCUGUGGUUUGUGGAAUAUACAUUUGCUCAAUUUGUUUAGAGCUAAAAGGUGUACGCACAAAUUCAAGGUUUUUAGGUGUUAGUGUAUUCAAGCAACCAUGUCCUCGUCCUUCCCAUGUGGAAGAAUGGGAACUUCCCUACUUGCAUUAUCCAGAACCCAAAACCUAUAACAGAGAGGAGUGUAGUUGCAAUCCUGUUCGGUAUUUUUGCAUAAUGUCAAUGCAAAGAUCAGGGAGCGGUUGGUUUGAGACAUUUUUGAACAGUCAUACUAAUGUAAGCUCCAAUGGAGAAAUAUUUUCAGUUGGCAAAAGAAGAGAGAACGUUUCUUUAAUUUUGAAGACAAUAGAUGAAGUUUAUAAUCUUGAUUGGUUCACUAGUGCUUCCAAGAAUGAAUGCUCUGCAGCCGUUGGCUUCAAGUGGAUGCUUAAUCAAGGUUUGAUGGAACAUCAUAAAGAAAUAGUAGAAUACUUGGAGCAGAGAAAAGUUUCUACAAUAUUCUUGUUCAGAAGGAAUUUACUCCGUAGAAUGGUAUCUGUGCUUGCCAAUUCAUAUGACAAAGAUGUCAAACUAUUGAAUGGAACACACAAGUCUCACGUGCACUCUACAAUGGAGGCUACAAUUCUUGCAAGAUACAAACCACAAAUCAAUAUUACGUUAUUGAUACCAGAGCUAAAGCAAACAAAUGAGACAAUUGCAAAAGCCAUUGCGUAUUUUAAGAACAUUCGUCAUGUUGUUUUAUACUACGAGGAUCUUGUCAACAACCGCACUAAACUAAAGGAUGUUCAAGAAUUUCUAAGGGUACCAUAUAAAGAUUUGGAGAGUCAUCAAGUCAAGAUACAUACUGGUCCAUUAUCGAUGCAAAUUAAAAAUUGGGAUGAAGUUCAAAAAAAGUUGACAGAAACGCCAUACGAGAGUUUUCUCUAUAGAGAUUAAUCGGACUUUGUCAUAAGAUCAUUUUACUAACAUCUAAUGCUCCUUAAAUAUUGUUUGUACUAAAUUGUACAUAUAUUUCAAAUAUUUUGUUUUAUGAUGAUGCUCCAUAAGAUUUUGU